GCGAACAACGAUUCGCAUGAGUUGGGCUUUCACGUUUGUUGUUACGGGCUAACAGGCUACGAGCGACAUUUUUUCAUACUAUUUUCGGCAAUUUUCAGACAAUGACCGUUGUUUCAUAUCGAUGUUUCGGGAAGAAGGAGGGGAGUGGUUCGGGGAGUGGUGGGCAACCCCCGUCAUAUCCACGGAAUCCAAUGGCGGGAAGAACAUGCUAUAAGUGCGGCGACCCGGACCACUUUGCUAAUGUUUGCAAAGAGUAUUGGGAAGCGAAGGAGAGUAACAAACCAUUCGUGUCUCCGCCACUGGGCACAGGGCGGACCAAGCGAACGAUGGCACCGGGCUCUGAGCGGAGGAACCUCUCAGCGGAUAGCUAUACAGUACGGAGCGAAUCGGAUGAGACAAAUAGACUGAUGAGGGAGUACUUCACACGUAAAGAGCGCGCGAGGGUUGAGAAGAUUGACAAGGAGAAGCGAGGGGAAGCUGAGAGAGAAGCGGAAGCUGCUAGGCAGGAGAAGGCAAGGAGAAAACUGGAAAAAGAAGCAGAAAAGAAGCGAGAGCAGAAGGAACGAGACGAUCAACUGCUGUAUCUGAUCAGGAUGGAGAUUCGGCGGGAAACAGGAAAGAAGGUCGAGAGCGAGGAAUCGGAAACAAGGAAGUAUGACAGGAAAACGAGAAAACCUGUGAAGACUAACGAGCGCGGUGAGACGAUCGAAGAAGAGAAGGAACGACUCCGUCGAGAGAUUGCAUUGCUAGAAGCUGUGGAAGAGGAGGAGGAGGAGGACGACGAGCUCCAAUGUUUAAGACGACGUGCGGCAGGAUUGAGUAUCCACGAGAAGAGGAAGCGAAGGAAGGAAAUGCCGAUAGGGGACAGUCCACCAAUGACGACUCCAACAAAGAGGACAGGGUUGUCCACAACGGCAAAAUUGAGAAUCAAAGAACUGCGAAGUGCGGAGAAAGGGAAGGUGACGUCGAGCUCGAUAUUGGAAGCCGUUGGGAAAAUCGGGCUAUCAUUGAAACACGUCAUGGCGGGCUGCGGACCGGAAGGGAAAAAGAAGUUUGAGGCGGAGUGCAAGGAGUUAUAUGAAGCCUUGACAAUCAAUGAGAUGAAGAAAGCUUGUAGACUAGAAAAAGUGACGUACGGCAAGCGGGAGUUGGUGAUUAAGAGGCUGACGACUAGGCGGGUAUUGAAGGCUUACGAUCCAGUCAACAUCCCAUUGCUAGUGUCGCCAACAUCGAAUACGAGAGUGACCCGGAGUGCAAAGCGCACAGAGCAGAGAGAAGGGAAGGGGACUGAUGAUAGCAGUGAAUGAUGACGGGACGGGAGUGAUUUUUGAGAUAUUUGUAGUGAGUUGGUCGAGAAGAGGCGACUGUGGGGGGAUUAAGAACAAGGGAGAUGAACGGUUAUGCGCGCAACUGUGAUCG